AUGUUACGUGAUAUGAUCACCUCGAAACCCUGCGAAAUCGCGGUCUACACGUUUACGAGCAGAUCGCCUGGCGUGCUUGGAAACCCUGAUAUUAAUUUCCCUGUCUCAGACCGCGUGGAAUCCUCUGCGAUAAGCUAUGACCGGAUGAUUGCAGCGUACAGUACUCCCACUACCCUUCGAUGUAUCAAUCGACGAGGCGAGGUGCUGUGGAGUUAUCAGUUUACCGAUCGAACUAAAGGAUACAUGUGUUACAUAACACAACCGGAAUUCUCCUUUGACAGCAGGGUUGUAUGGCUUUACCGACCAGACUGCGGAAUCUGGGGGGAGAUUGCACCGACAAACUUCUUGCGAUCAAUGCGGCUACAGGUUCUAUUAUCUCUCAGGUGGAUUUGGGAAGCACAGGACAUUGUGCACGAUUUCUUGCCCAUCCCAAUAAUCAAUUUACGCUUCUGGACGUUGGAGAGGGGCAAGAUGGAUCACCGCUCUUCAUGCUACCGCCUACUUGACACCUCUCUUGAUGGAACACGAUGCGUGAGCGUCGAUGAGAUGCAAAACCGUGCUAUUCUCCACUCCCUCCCCAGCGGCCAAACUCUAGGCACAAUUGAGGUAGACGAAUUCGGGCAGGACGCUACAUAUAUCGAAACGUAUCCAGGUGGUUAUUGCGAUGAUAACUCGGUAAUCAUCAACGUCAGAGGCGAAAGCGAGGGUUCUAAUUGGAACCAGCGAUUUUUACUCGACGCGCAUGCCAUGAAAGUGAUCAGGCCAAUUGGCCCCCGGACAGAAGAUGCGGAGAGCUUGUUUUUACCUGGCAAUGGAAUGUUCGUGAAUUCAUGGAGCAUUGAAGAGAUUCCUACAGAGUAG